CUUUUAGAUUCCAACCAGAGGAGUUCUCUGCACCGUGGACGCGAGACUUGAGUUCAGGCGAAAUAAGUGAUGUAGCACCCGUGUAAAAAGUGAGACCCGCCAAAGCACGCCAGAAUGGAUCACAGUGUGAAAUCCAUGACAAGCCACCGCAAGGUGGCCUUCUCGAGACUCUGCAACCGGCGGCGCUUCGAGAACCACGAACUGGAGCGGCUGUUCCAGCGCUACAUCUUCAAGUUGCAACAGGCGUCGGUGGCCAACUCGGUGAUGCUCUUCCUCAUCCUGACCGCCCUGCUGGCCAUCCUCCACUUCUACUACGCCCAGCGCCCCACCGUGGAGAGCAUUUACAUGCUGGUGCACUUCGCCGUGUUCGUUUGCGUGUUCGCCUACAUGAACACGAAGUGGAUGAGGGACACUCAACUCCUGUGGGUGUGUUACGUGAUCUUGAGCUUCCUCGUGGCGUUCUGCGUGUGCCACUUCCCCUCGUCCUUCGGGCUGGGGCAAUUCACCAGCGCCGAGGUCCGGACCCUUGGCGAUGGGGUGUGGCACAUCGUGUUCGUGGUUUUCCUCGUCUACACCCUGUUGCCGUUGAAGCUGAGCCUCUGCCUGGUCUUUGGGUUCACCUUGCCCCUUCUGCAGACCCUGGUUGCCGUCCUCGCGAAGCCGCUCUUCGAGGACUUGCGAUGGCAGCAGCUGACGGCGAACGCGCUGAUGCACGCCGCCGUGAACGUGGCCGGCGUGUUCAUCCACGUGCUGACGGAGCGGGCCCAGCGCCGCGCCUUCCUCGACACGCGCAACUGCAUCGCCGCCCGGCUGGAGAUCGAGGAGGAAAACGAGAAGCUGGAGCGACUGCUGCUGUCAGUGCUGCCCCAGCACGUGGCGAUGGAGAUGAAGGCCGACAUCAUCUCUCCCGUGGAGAGACAGUUCCACAAGAUCUACAUCCAGCGCCACGAGAACGUCAGUUGUGCCAUUUGUCACUUGCUUCGAUUGACCGUUGUGUGUGUAUCCGUUGUGUGUGUAUCGUUUGGCAGCAUCCUAUUUGCGGACAUCGUGGGGUUCACGGUGCUCGCUUCCCAGUGCACGGCGCAGGAGUUGGUCCGGCUCCUCAAUGAGCUCUUCGGUCGGUUCGAUCAGCUGGCCAACGACAAUCACUGUCUUCGGAUCAAGAUCCUGGGGGACUGCUACUACUGCGUGAGCGGGCUGCCGGAGCCGCGGAGCGAUCACGGGCGCAGCACCGUGGAGAUGGGGCUGGACAUGAUCGACGCCAUCGCGUCGGUGGUGGAUGCGACGGACGUGAAGCUGAACAUGCGGGUGGGGAUCCACACGGGGAGAGUGCUGUGCGGGGUGCUCGGGCUCAGGAAGUGGCAGUAUGAUGUCUGGUCUGAUGACGUCACGCUCGCCAAUCAGAUGGAGGCUGGAGGGGAGGCCGGAAUCGGAGCGAUUGAACGUCUUUUCGUGUCCCGUUUCUGCUCUAGCCGGGUUCACAUCACCGAGGCGACUCUGCAGUGCCUGGGCGGAGAGUACGAGGUCGUUCCAGGGAGUGGGGGCUCCCGCUCAACCUAUCUCAGGGAGAAAGGCGUCAAAACUUACUUCAUCGUGCCUCCAGAGAGACGGCGCAAGGUGAUGCGACUUAAAGUUCCUUUUUUUUCUCGGUUGGGACCGAUGCGUAGUUAUCGGCUGGGGGAUGAUUUUAUGGGCACUGAUGCCAGCGAUGAAGUAGAUGCUCAUGAGAACUAUGGGUAUUUGAACUAUGAGAACUAUGACUUCCUGCAUCUGGUACGCUCCGCCCUGGGGGCCGCGGCGUCUGGUUCCCGUCGCAAGCUCAGCUUCAAGAACGUCUCGAACCUGGUCGUCCAGCUGCUCCAUUCCAUCAAGUAUUCGGUGGAGGUGCCCUUUUCCAACAUGGCCAUUCAGACUGGCACUACUGAGAAAGCACCCCAAACCAAGAAGACGAAAGUGACAGAUCGCUUCAGACGGCCAUUCAAGAAGCGCCAUCCGUCAACCUGCACCCAUCUGCCACUCAAUCGAGUCAACAAGUACUUGGCACAGGCGAUCGAUGCUCGCUCGGUCGACCAGGAAAAGCAGACUCACGUUCAUCCUGUGACACUGUCCUUUCGAGAUUCUGACAAAGAGAGACAAUAUCACGAGGAGGUUGAUGUCGGCUUUGUGGGUUCCCUUGGAGUGUGUCUCACGUUGCUGCUGUUCCUAGGUGGAAUCCAAGUCCUCGUUCUUCCACGCACUCUCAUCCUCCUCCUUCUCUUCCUGACUGCCUUUGUCUGGCUGGCGGUUACCCUGAUGCUUCUCCUUGCUGUGAGGCUCCGGCUCAUCGGCUGGGACCUCUCACGCUCCUUCUAUCUUCGACUGGCACUCACUGUCUUCUCCCUGAUUCUCCUUUAUGCCACUGCACAAGUGAAUGUGUUCACUUGCCGUGUGGAGCCGACUUGCCUUCCACAUGUGGGCAAUGCGACGUCAUGGGGUGCCCCGACCCAAGACCACCGCUUGUGUCCUCUCCCGCACUAUAUAGUGCUCUCAGCUGUGAUAGGAUUCCUUGCUGUGGCAGUGUUCCUUCGGCUCCCCAUCAUCGUCAAGGGCCUCAUCCUUUCAGCCAUGCUCGGUGUCUACACUCUCCUCAUUUUCAUGUCUCAUCUACCUCUGUUUCAUUGCUAUGGUGAUCGUACCAAGGGAGAGGUGCCAGUGCAGGUGCUGUCAGUGGUGCACUUGCUGAUGUUCGUGAUAUCAGUUCUCAUCCAUGGGAAGCAGGUGGAAUGGACUGGUCGGCUUGACUUCCUUUGGCAAACUCAGGCCCGGGAAGAAAAGUGUGAUAUGGAUGCACUGCAGCAUAGCAAUCGACGAAUACUCUUCAAUCUCCUCCCUGCUCAUGUUGCCACUCACUUCCUGGAUGUUCAAUUUCGUAGUCAUAUGGAGCUGUACAGUCAGAGCUACAGUCGUGUUGGUGUCAUGUUUGCAUCCAUCACCAAUUUCAAUGAGUUUUACAUGGAAUUAGAUGCCAACAACCAGGGCAUGGAAUGCCUGCGACUCCUGAAUGAGAUAAUCGCCGAUUUUGAUGAGAUGUUGGAGGAUCCACAGUUCCAAGCAAUAGACAAGAUCAAGACGGUUGGCUCCACGUACAUGUCAGCCGUGGGUCUGAUUCCUGAAUUGAGGAUCCCUGAUGGAAACGAUGAAGCAGCUGCUGCCUUCCUCUCUGUCUUGAUCGAGUUCAUCUUUGCUCUCCGUGAACGACUUUCUAACAUCAAUGAGAAUUCCUACAAUAAUUUUACCCUCCGUUUUGGUGUGAAUGUUGGACCUGUUGUGGCUGGUGUGAUUGGUGCCAGGAAGCCCCAGUACGAUAUCUGGGGGAAUACUGUGAAUGUGGCCAGUCGCAUGGAUUCUACUGGCCUUCCCAAUCACAUCCAGCUGUGUUCCUUUUUGCUUAUGAAGGUGACAGAGGAAGUAUACAACUUGAUGAAGAACAGCCCAUAUGAGUUUCAGUGUCGUGGGACAAUCACUGUCAAGGGAAAGGGUGACAUGACAACAUAUUUCCUCACUGAUCGGAAGCAACUUUCCACAAUCCGUAUUGAGGACCUCCCUUCGCGGCGAGCCUAUUCCAACAACAUCGGCGCUACAGGUGUGAUGAGUUACGGAGGGGUGGCCACCCCACUGGCCCUCAUCCACCCCCAUUCUCAUCACCCUGUUCCCCUCCCCCAUCCUCCACAUCACCAUCAUCAUUUUCAUCCUCACACCCCUCCUUCAUCAUCUCCUCAUCUCUUUGUCCCUGCACAUUUCCCUCGUAUCACUCCGGCUCAAGUGAAGAAAGCCUCCCAAUCCCUCCAGCCACCCCCACCUCCACCCCCUCAUCGUGCUCGCACCCCGUCACCGUCACUGAAUGCCCACCUUCCAAUACUUCGCCGCCUUCCAUAUUCAUACGUGGCCUCACCGUGCCAGACUGUAGAGUCUCCCUCGGGACUCCCUCCCAUCCCACCACCUCGUUCUACUUCCAGUCCCUCUCCAAAUCCAAACCCGCCUCGAUUUGUCCCACCACUCAUUGCAAGCCAAAGACAAGCCUCGGGGCCGGUCCUCGGUGCUUCCUCGAUCCUUUUGGAACCUGGGCCCAGGCAUCAAGGACGUCCUCAUCUGAUCAGGCAUCUGAGUGAUGAAAGUUUGCAAGGGCACCUUGCUGCAUCUCGCCUCUAUGGAAAUCGUAUCCAUUCCAGUGCUGAUGAGAUCAGUUCCAUGAAUCGGUCAUUCAGCUCUUCUGACGAGAGUUAUGCCAAGACCGACGACCACUCCCGGACGGGCUUGGAUUCCCCAUCACCCCCUGCCCAUCGUCGGCCUCCUGAGUUCCCUCGCCCUGUCCCCAAAGUCAAGGCGAUGGAAUCACAUCAUUCCCCCAGCCUCUUCCAGAAGUACUUGGCCAGUACUUUUGCUGGGAGAAGCUCAUCUGGAGAAAGCCUGUCCAAAAGCACUGCCAUGACGCCUCCUGAGAGCGUGGGUUGCCGUAGUUUCCCACUUUCAGGUUGGUCUCCAAGUUCCUCAUGGCGAGAAGCAGAUUCUGAUUACCUCAACCAAUCGCCUGAGAUGGCUCGUCGAAUGUUCCGGACUAACCGUGAAAAUAACCCUGGUUCUGUGAUGCCAUUUGGCGAUACGCGCGACACCAGCGAGCCAGACAGCGAUGCGGACCGGCGUCGAGUCCCUGCGAUGGGUAGUGGAAGUUACGAACUGAAAAGAGCGAGGGAGUCUCGAUGCAGUUCACGAGGCAGUCAGACCGAUGGAACAGGAAGCAAGAAACGAAGUCUCGACCGUUCUUCCGGCAGCAAUGAACCCAAGAAACACAGCCUGGACCGCUCAACCAGCAGCAACGACCACCGGAAACGAAGUGUGGACCGAUCAACCACCAGCAGUGGGGAGCGGAAGAAGGCAGACCAGUCCUGUCAGACGGAGAAGACCCGUUCUUCCGUUCAGCAGCCCUCGCUUCCUCUCAGUGCCAGGUACGGAAAAAUCCCCAAUUUCGAGCAGGAAAUUCAAAGGUUACUCGCCGACGAGAUGGAGAGUGCUUCAGAGAAGGAAGAUGAAGAGCCUGCCAUUCGCCUCGAUGAGAUUCGCAGCAUGAAUGCUGUAUUAGCUGAGCUGAGUCAGGCCAGACUGGCAAUGCAGUCUGCAACAACCAGCAACAGCAGCUUGACCACUCCAAGCAUUCCUUCUCAACCGAAUUCCCCCUCGGUGACUCAGAAUCGGCACGAACCCCGCCGCACGUUUGGAGAUUUCUCCGAAGCAGCCAAAGAUCGUGAGACAGAUCCAAAGAGCCCAGCUCUGGGAUUGGGGCUGCGCUAUGAUCCAGUAGAAAAGCGCCUCACCCUCCAGCUGUCUUCCCCUGCUACCAGAUCCUCUCUGGGUCAAAGUCCUGCCAAAGAAGGGAAAUGCAGCCGAAGCUACAUUCCAGUAUUCAGAGCAGGAGAUGCCAGGAAAUGUUCUGGGCAAAGCUAUCGAUCUCAUCAUCUACCAAUGCCAAGGGCUGGAAAGAAUGGAGCGUCAAAAGGAGAAAACAAAGAGAGGAGGAGAGGAGAGGAAACAGAUGAGGAACGACGGGAAAUCGAAGCGUUUGAAGCUGAAGAAAGACGAAUUGCUGAGCUUGUCAGCAAGAAUGAGGUUGGAGAAGAGGAAGAUGAAGAAGAAGAAGAGGAGGAGAAGAAAAAAUUGAAAGGGGAAGAGCAGAGAAAAAGCUCAAGAACCCAGGGUGGCGAAAAGGAGCAAGAAAGGUUCCAUUUGCUGCACGAAGGAGAGACAACGAGUCAGUCAGAAUGGAGCGAGGAUGAUGAUGGCCUUGCAUCAGAGCCUCUCCUUGCUAGUAAUGCUCCUGCAACUGAUGUCCUUCAUUUCGGCAAUGUGAUUCUAGGUGCCAUGAGCGACCUGAACUCCUUAUACAAUGAUGGUGGGCACUUUGACGAUGACACGAGCAUCUCCUCGCGUGCCUCGUCGCGAAUGUUCGAUUCGGAUGCCCUUCUCGGCUACGAAUCGGCGGCCAUGUGCGACUCCGAGUACGACAACUACCGGCCGUCGGGCAUGAUCUCGGACGAGGAGCCCAUCGCAGACGUUCGCAUAAACUACUUCGACGAGUUGAACCUGCAGAGCAUCCGAUCCAUGUCGGAGAACAUCACUCGGAAUUUCGGCCAGCCGAGGAGCGAGACGGAGCCGGACAGUGACGCGUGA